GCUACGUGCUUUAAAGAUGGCGGCGUGUACGAGUGUGGGAUCUGAUGUUUUUAUUAGCUUGAAGUUUGUGAUUUGAAGUGCUGUAUUAACCAGUCUGCACACGUCAGGUUUCAGUAGAUCGUUUAUGAGACUCGGGCUCCGGUCGUUCAAAUGUCCGAGAGCAGAUAGAUAGACGGGAAUGUGAUCACCCACUGCGCUCGGACAGGUUAAGUUGGUGGCCAGUUUGACAUGCUACAACUGACAGCUCUGUUAAUCAGCUAGCAGUUCACAUACUCUGAGAGGACAUCGUGCACGAAACCUUCAGCAAAUGUGACCUUCUGUCCGGCUAAUAACAUCCUUCUAGUCAGAUCCAUCACGUUCAUAGCUGCUCUAGUCGAUUGUUUAGAAAGUAAGAUUAGCUGCUUUCUUUACAUUGUUAGCAGGUGAUCUGCCAGUCACUGAAUCCUGCUGGUUACACCAACUUACAUCCUUACAGAUAAACAUUGUGUGUUAGUGCAGUUUACAUAGCUUUUAUUGACUUAGAAAAGCACUUCCAGCAUUUUCAAACCUAUAAUAAUGAACGAGUAGUUUUGACUGGUGGUCUUUCUGUCUUGAACAGAAGGGGGCGUCAAAUUCCUGAAUGGUUAUAGUUACAUUUCUAUGGUUUUCAACUAUUUCCCGGUAGUAUAAUGCUCUCCCGAGCUGUAAGGAAAUCUCUCUCCUGUGGAAAUGCAGUAUUUGCGGGUUUCUCUGGCAGCUAUUAUUGCAGUCGUGUGUGUUUUCAUCAGACCGCCGUGUGUAAAGUUACUUCGCAAGCUGAACGCGCCUUCAGACCUGCGAAAGUGGCUGUUGUGACUAAAACCACACGAUAUGAGUUCGAGCAGCAGAGAUAUCGCUAUGCAGGACUGUCGGAGGAGGACCUCAAACAGCUGCUUGCUCUAAAAGGAUCAAGUUACAGUGGGCUUCUGGAGAGGCACAAUAUACAUACCUUCAAUGUUGGACAUAUUGUGGAGAGUCUACAGAAACAGGGGAUUGAGGUGCGUGUUGUGAAAAGAGGAGAGUAUGACGAGGAGACUGUACGAUGGGCCGAUGCCAUCAUCUCUGCUGGAGGUGAUGGCACCAUGCUGCUGGUUGCUAGUAAAGUGUAUGAUAAGAGCAAACCUGUAUUGGGUGUCAACACAGACCCAGAGAGGUCAGAGGGUCACCUAUGUUUGCCUGUCCGCUACACACAUGCCUUUUCUGAGGCCUUGCAGAAACUCAGAAAGGGAGAUUUCAGGUGGCAGUGGCGUCAGCGUAUCCGCAUGUAUCUGGAGGGCACCGGCAUCAACCCUACUCCAGUGGACCUUCAUGAGCUGCAGCUGAGUCUCCAACAGCACAGCAAAGCCCACCGCAUCACCACAGACACCCAGAGCAGCACGACCCACAACAGUCCCGAAACGCCUCAUUUACUGCCAGUCCGUGGGCUCAAUGAGAUCUUCAUCGGCGAGUCUCUGUCCUCCAGGUUGAAGUAUAAAUCCUUCAAACCCCAUCUUACCCUCUCGCUUCAUAGGGCUUCAUACUAUGAAAUCUCCAUCGACGACGGGCCGUGGGAGAAGCAGAAGAGCUCAGGCCUCAGCAUUUGCACUGGAACUGGAUCCAAAGCCUGGUCUUACAAUAUUAAUAAGCUGGUGGAGCAGGCAGUGGAGGAUGUGCUCAGAAUAGGUAAAACAAAGACGGGUUUGGAGGUGCCUCUAAACCGGGAGUUCGUUGAGAGUGUAACAGAAACGUACAACGAGUCUCUAAUCUUCAGCCCAGAGGAGGACAAACUGUUCUUCAGCGUGAGGGAGCCAAUAGUCAACAGAGUAUUUUCCAACAGCCGACAAAGAGGCUUUGCCAAAAAGGUUUGCAUUCGCUCGAGAUGCUGGGAUGCCUGCAUGGUAGUAGACGGCGGGACGUCCUUCGAGUUUAACGAUGGUGCCAUUGCUACAAUCAGCUUAAACGAGGAGGACCUGCUGCGAACUGUCAUUCUUGAUUAAAUCCUGUGAGACACCAAACUGCUGCUCGACAAGCUUGAAUAUAUUUAUUGAGGAACGAACUGUCAUCAAAGCCAGACUUUGAGAUGAACAGCGAGGUCAGAGUUUGCGUAUGAAGUGUACAUAAAAAAUCACACUUCCAAACUCUGUGCUUACAGCAUUGAGAAAUACACAUCUUUCCUAGAUACACCAUUAUUAGAUUGCCACCAUAUCUGCGAUAGGUGUAUUCAAACAGGCCAGAAAUACCCAAUUAUUUGUAUUGUGGCUUUUUGUAAACCUUUUGAAUUCAGUUUUCAGCAGCUCAAGAUGGUUUAUUACACUUUUGUGCCAAACAUGCACAGAAGUAUUGGUAAUGGUUCGUUUGAGUAUUAGUAGACUGUCUGCUUAAUAUCUGCUGACACUGCUCCGUCAAGACAUUUAAUUGACUAUAAGAAUCUUUGCAAGCACAUGUCAACUUGCGCUAACCCAAACAGUCUACUAAUAAUCUAAUGAAAAUUAGCCACUUAAAACGGACCAUCAAAAUAAAGUGACUGAAGUAUUUUGUUGGUGUAGAAAUGAACGUUACUGAAAUUAUUUAAAAACAUUUUAUUUCUGAGACUAGAGUUUGAAUUGGAGUCAAACUCUGCUCCGUCAGGUCAAAGUAUACUACAAAAGAGGCUCACAAUAUGGCACAAUUUUGUAAAACAUUGGUGCUUUUCAAAAGGGUCUGCAUUAUGCAAUCUACCACAACAUUUAUAGAUGUCGGAGAGUAACAAAUUGUGACAUCUGAAGUGUUAACAGACCACAAUGCGAUGAAUCUAACACUGAAAUAGAUUUUAAAUAAAAAGCAAUACAUUUAUUUACAAUUCAGAUGAUGUAAACAGCUCAUAAAAAUACAACCAUGUUGUACAAAAAUUCAAGUUUUCUCAAUAUUAAAAGUGGUCAGAGAAAUGGAA